CCUAUCCUCGGUUGCCGCCGAACGACCGGGCUUGACAAGUUGACAGGGUUUGAUGUGGGCUGACCCGUUCCCACGGCCAGGCCAACUCAUAGACCCAUCACUAUUCCGGUAGCUUCAUCUCUUCUUGCAGCGUUCCUGCAGCUCUUGGCAGGAGGAGACGAUGAGACGAAAGUCUCUAUCACGGACAACGUCCUCCCAGGGCAUUCCCCUGUCCUCCAUUAGUUCGCACUGGUGUACGAAGUACGAAUCUAUACAGAACAUGGCUGCGCAAGUCCAGGGGCCCAGAUAGGUUCAUGUUGUUUUCGUGGAGUUGCCUGGAUGAGAUGUCGUUCAAGGCCGGGGGGGCCCGGCAGACAGGCUUGCUGGACAACUGACGGAAUCGCCAGCUCUAGCCGCGCGAUGAGGAGACCGGUAUGCAGUCCCAGAUUGGCUCCCUGCCUCCGGUGAGAAUGGGCCUGUCCCGGAGAUGGGCAUAGAUGAUUCGAGAUUGAGGCGAGUGAAGAGACGGCUCUCGAUUGGGUAUGGCCUAGGGGGGCCUGCUGUGGAUGAGGAGAGGGGUUAACACCACAAACAUACGCACACAUGUUAUAAAGUCUCUUCAUCCCACUGGGAGAUAUCUCCUGUUCCCUUCCUUUUUUGCUUCAUCAUCACAUCGGUGUCAUUCUUUCCCUGUACUCAAAGUCUCUCUCUCUUGUUGGCUGUGCCAUACACUCAUUUUACGAACUAGACGUUCGCCCACGCUCACUUAAGCAAAAACCUCAAAAUCACUUUUCACUUCUAAACCCAGACAACUUUUCAUCCCGAAACCUCAUCACAACAGUCAAGAUGCGUUUCUCUUUCACCGCUGCCGCUCUCUCCGCCCUCGUCGGCUACUCUGCCGCCCACACCCUUACUCUCGACCUCUACGUCAACGGCAAGCCUACCGGCGAUGGUGACGGUCGUGCCAUCGGCGGCAACGGCGCCAAGAAGUACAUUCGCAGCCCUCCUAACAACAACCCCGUGAAGGACAUCACCAGCCCCGACAUCGUCUGCAACGUCAACGGUGCCAAGGCCCUCACGGACUUCGUCCCCGUCGCUGCUGGUGACGACGUCAGCGUCGAGUGGUACCACAACACCCCCGGCGACGAUAUCAUCGACCUCUCCCACAAGGGACCCGUCAGCACCUGGAUCGCCCCCUACACCGAGGGCGCCGGCACUGGCCCCAUCUGGACCAAGAUUGGCGAGCAUGCCUACGAGAACGGCAAGUGGGCUGUUGAGACUCUCGUUGCCAACAAGGGUGUCUCCGAUCCCGUCACUAUCCCCAAGUCCCUGAAGGCCGGCAAGUACCUCAUCCGCCAGGAGAUCAUUGCCCACCACGAGUCCGACACCACCUACGAUGUCAACCCCGCCCGCGGCGCCCAGUUCUACCCCGCCUGCAUCCAGGUCGAGGUCACCGGUACCGGCUCUGAGGUUCCUCCCCAGAACUUCGACUUCCAGACCGGCUACACCUACGCCGACCCCGGCAUCCACUACAACCUGUACAGUGCUGAUGCCACCACCUACAAGGCCCCCGGCCCUGAGGUCUGGACCGGUGGUGCCGGCUCCGGCUCCGGCUCCGCCCCUGCGCCUGCCCCGUCUUCUGCUGCCCCCGUUCCUACCACCACCGCUGCCCCCAUCGCCUCCAGCGCCGCUGCCCAGCCUACCACUCUGGCUACCUCUGUUGCCUCGGCUGCCCCCGUCGCCAGCUCCAGCUCCGCUGCUGCCCCCGUCGCCACUCCCACCAAGGCCCCCAGCGCCGGCUGCAAGCGCCGCCGCUCCCGCAAGGCCCGCCGCUCUGCUCACUAAGCUGUUGAAGAGUGUGUUUUGAGGAGGAAGCGAGAGGUAUAAGAUUAUGUGGUCAUUGACACGAUGGUCUCACGAAUCGAGGAUGAAGUUGUUUUUUACACCCCAAGACACCAGAUGUGCUAUCCAGGCUUACUGCGUCCUGCCUGGUGCACGGUUCUAGAAACUCGAGGCCCAACCCUUUUUCUGGACUCGAUUUCAAAUUCUGCAUUCCUGUACAUAGUACCUUGAAUAGCAUUAAGCCU